ACUCUGGACUUCAGGCAGCCUAUCAGGAGUUUGCUUUGCACUGUGGGAACACCUAGUUCCUGUCACAGCAACCCGGCUGUGAGGCGUAUAAAAAAAGCCGGCCGGCUCUUACUUCCACUAACUCUGAGUGUGUGUGAGUGAGUGUGUGUGUGAGUGUGUGUGUGUGUGUGAGAGAGAGUUCGUAUAUUAUCAUGGCCAAAAAGGAGGCUCAGGCGUUAACGGGCACGCAAGAAAAGAAUUCCAAAAUAAUCAACCACCAGAAUGGAGGAAAAGUUCAGCUAAGGAAGAAGGUGACGCUGCUGCGUGGGAUCUCCAUCAUCAUCGGGACCAUCAUUGGUGCUGGAAUCUUCAUCUCACCCAAGGGAAUCCUAGAGAACUCUGGCAGCGUAGGAAUGUCCCUGGUGAUAUGGGUGGCUUGCGGGAUUCUCUCGUUAUUUGGUGCUCUGUCCUACGCUGAGUUGGGAACCUGCAUUACGAAGUCCGGUGGUCAUUACACCUACAUUAUGGAGGCGUUCGGCCCACAAAUGGCUUUCGUGCGAUUAUGGGUGGACAUCAUCGCUAUUCGGCCUGCAGGAAUGGCUGUGAUUUCUCUGGCGUUCGGCCGGUACGUCUUGGAGCCGAUUUUUAUGCCGUGUGGUGUGCCCGUGUCCGCAAUCAAGCUCGCUACAGCGAUCGGGCUCACUAUGGUCAUGUACCUUAACAGUACGAGUGUGAGCUGGACAGCCAGGCUGCAGAUCUUCCUCACAUUCAGUAAACUUCUCGCCAUGGCCAUCAUCAUCGUCCCCGGAUGCUAUCAGCUGUUCAGAGGUGAGACCAAAAACUUCCAGAAUGCAUUUCAGGUGGACUCUGUGAAGCUGUCUGGCCUUCCUCUGGCCUUCUACUCAGGGAUGUAUGCUUACGCUGGCUGGUUUUACUUGAAUUUUGUCACAGAGGAGGUGGAUCGUCCAGAGAGAACCGUCCCAUUGGCCAUUUGCAUCUCCAUGGUGAUAGUAACCGUAUGCUACACGCUGACCAACGUUGCAUAUUACACUGUGAUGUCAGCGGAGGAGCUGCUCGCCUCAAGUGCCGUCGCCGUGACCUUUGCUGAGAAAGUUUACGGGAAUUUCUCCAUCGCAGUUCCCAUCUUCGUGGCCCUUUCCUGCUUUGGUUCUAUGAAUGGAGGCAUUUUUGCCAUCUCCAGAAUGUUUUUCGUGGCUUCUCGUGAAGGACAACUUCCUGAAGUUCUGUCUAUGGUUCAUGUCCGCCGUCACACUCCGGUAGCUGCUGUAAUUGUUCUGUAUCCCCUCACCAUGCUCCUUCUGUUCGUCGGAGACCUCUACAGCUUGCUGAACUUCAUGAGCUUCCUGCGCUGGCUCUUCAUCGGGCUGGCCGUGGUCGGACUCAUCUACAUGCGCCAUACGCGACCCGAAAUGCCACGUCCUUUCAAGGUCCCAAUCUUCAUCCCGGCAGUUUUCUCCUUCACCUGCUUCUUCAUGGUCUUCCUCUCGCUCUACUCCGAUCCAGUCAACACGGGGAUUGGAUUUGCCAUCAUGCUCACGGGAUUUCCAGCCUACUACAUCUUCAUCGUUUUUGAUAGAAAGCCCAAGUGGUUCCAAAAACUCUCAGAUUCUGCCAACAGAUCCUUACAAAUCCUCUUGGAGGUGGUCCCUGCCGAGAACUGACCUUUCCAGACACCGCUCAUGCAUCACUCGGUCUUUCAUUUUGUCUCUCUUAUAGAACAUGCUCCCUUCAUCCUGCUCUCAUUUUCAUUCCUCUUUUAUGUUUUAUAGAAAACACUCCUCCGAGUGACCGCUUCUUAAUCCAUCACUCCACAAGGCAGGAAUGAGAGAGACCUUUCGGUGCUCUUGCAAGAAAAGAAAAAAAAAACCCACACUUUCGCUCUCUCAGUCCUCCCUAUGCAGUCGUGUACAAGACAUUUCACUGUUUAGAUGUGCCUUGUAUUAGUUC